AUGGCUACCCCCAGUGUUCUCACUUUUGACGCUGAGGGUCGGGCCAUUGACUUUGAUGUCUGGGUAGAUGACCUGCAGCUGUUCCUACAGUGCGAUAGGGCAGACAGUCUCUCCCUCUUUGACCUCACCUCUGGUGCUUCCCCCGCCCCUGCUGCCGAUGCCAACGCCACUGUUCGCUCACAGUGGGCCACUCGCGAUGCUGCUGCACGUCUUGCUGUGCGUCGCUACCUUCCUACCACUGAGCGCACGCACUUUAGUCAGUACAAGAGUGCUCAGACCUUGUACGACGCUGUAGUUGCGCGCUACUCUUCCCCUGCCACUGCUGCACUGAGUCGCCUCAUGCUACCGUACCUCUUCCCUGACCUUGCUGCCUUUCCCACAGUUGCUGACCUCAUUACACACCUCCGCACUAGAGACACUCGCUACCGCGCUGCGCUUCCUGCUGACUUCUGCGCCAAGAACCCCCCCCCCAUGUACAUCACUCUCUACUACUUAGUCACUCGCCUCCCUGACUCCCUUCGCGUAGUCAGGGACAACUUCCUCUCAGUCUGUCCCACCACUCUCACUGUUGACCUCCUCGAGAAGGGUGUUCCCCCUCCCCCCUUCUCCCCUCCGUUGCCUCUGCUGCUGCGGCCGACCUCCUUGGUCUUGAGUCAGUCGGUGCGGCGUCUGCCCCUAGCGGGAGACGCCGCUCUGGCAAGGGCAAGGGGGGCACGGGCGCUGGAGGAGCGAGCGGGGGCGGUGGAGGUGGAGGUUGAGGCGGCGGGGGGAAUGGGGGUGGUGGUGGGAGUGGAGGUGGGGGUGGAGGUGUCGGUGGCGGCAAUGGAGGCGGAGGCGGCGGCGGCGGUGGCGGUGGGAGCGGAGGUGGCGGAGGUGGUGGCGGUGGAGGAGGCGGCGGAGGCGGCGGUAGUAGCGGAGGCGGCGGAGGCGGCGGAGGCGGCGGGGGUGGCGGUGGAGCUGGUCGCGGGUCUACGCAGAGGAGUGGCUCCGCAGGGUGGGGGUUUUGGUCCGUGCACCUACGUCCUGCGCACCAGCGACCGUGCGGGUGAGCAGUGUGGGGGUGCGCACCCCACCCAGCGCUGCUUUGGCCGCUUGACAGACGCGUGGCGUCACCAGUUCCCGGAGGCCACAGAGAUCCCUCGCUGGGGCGAGCUGUCUAGGGUGGGAGUUGCCAUCUAUGAUCUUGAUUUUGAUGCUAUCCUUUCUGCCAUAAAUGCUGUGUCUAUUAGUGAUGAGGGUGACUGUUACCGGUGUUUCCCGCCUGAUCCGGGCAUUGAGACUGCUGCUCUAGGUACUGGUGAGGCUGCUGCCCUAGGUGCUUGCGACGCUACUGCUCUAAGUGCUAGUGCGUCUGCGCCCUCAGGUACUGGUGAGUCUGCGCUCUCAGGUACUACUCGGCCUUUUGCAGUGUCUCUGGCUGACCCCUCUGGGGGUCCUGUCCUGUCUCACUUCUCCACUGUCCUCCCGUGUCCGGCGGCUCCCUCUCGCACCCUGUCUGGUCUCUACCUCCCCUCGUUCUCUACAAACCUGGUGAGUGGUGCAGACCUACAGGAUGGGGGAGUACACCAGUUCACUCCUGCGCGUCAGCGGGUGACGCACUGCACAGAGGCUAGCACAGGCCGACACCUGGCUACGUUUACCCGUCGGCCAGGGUCCAGCCUGUACACACUGACCACUGCGUCUCCCCCGGUUGCUACGUCUGGUAGGGUAGCUGCGUCGGGUCAGGUGUUUGCUGCAGCGUCCAGGUCUGGUCCUGAGUCUGCCCCCCGUUCGUGUCGUCUCCUGUCUCACGAGACUCUCCUCUGGCACCACCGCCUUGGUCACCCCUCUCUGCUUCGGCUCAGAGGCAUGGCCUCCCGUCUUCUUGGGCGCCAGCGGGCUGCCCCGCACUCCUCCCAGUUUCCUCCGACAGAGGCCCCAUUGCAGACGCUUCACAUGGACGUGUGGGGCCCAGCCCGCGUCCGUGGACAGGGUCACGAGCGCUACUUCCUGCUCGUUAUUGACGACUACACCGCAGUCUUCCCCUUGCGCAGCAAGGGUGAUGUCACUGAGGUGCUGAUCGACUGGAUCCGCGCAGCUCGUCUCCAGCUCAGGCAAAGCUUUGGCUCGGACUUUCCUGUUCUGCGUCUGCACUCGGACAGAGGCGGAGAGUUUUCUACUGGCCUUCUGCGAGCCUACUGUCGCGCACGAGGAAUCCGUCAGACCUUCACGCUUACGGACUCCCCGCAACAAAAUGGGAUUGCUGAGCGCCGCAUUGGCAUGGUCAUGGACGUCGCUCGUACGUCAAUUAUGCAUGCGGCUGCUCCCCAUUUUCUGUGGCCGUUUGCAGUGAGGUACGCGGCGCAUCAGAUCAACCUACACCCCAUGAUCUCCAGAUCGGAGACCUUCCCAGCCUUGCUGUGGACGGGGAAGGUUGGCGAUGCGUCGGCGUUCCGGGUCUGGGGAUCUCGGGCGUUUGUCCGCGACUUGUCUGCGGACAAGCUGUCCCCUCGUGCUGCUCCUUGCGUCUUCCUGGGGUUCCCCCCUGACGCGCCUGGGUGGCAGUUCUACCACCCCACCUCUCGCCGUGUUCUGUCUUCCCAGGACGUCACGUUUGACGAGUGGGUCCCUCCUACCGCCUCUUCUUCUACCGCACUCCGUCCCUCCCCCCGCCGCCGCUCUUCCUUGUACCAGGUAGACGCAGUCGAGCCUGUCGAGGUCACUGGUGACUAUGGUGCUGCUGAGGGUGCUGAGCCUGGGGGUGCUGACUCUGGGGGUGCUGAGCCUGGGGGUGCUGAGCCAGGGGGUGCUGCGACUGGGGGUGCUGAGCCUGGGGGUGCUGAGCCUGGGUGUACUGCGACUAGGGGUGCUGAGCCUGGGGGUUCUGAGUCUGGGGGUGCUGCGCUUGGGGAUGCUGAGCCUGGGGGUGCUGAGCCUGGGGGUGCUGAGCCUGGGUGUGCUGAGCCUGGGGGUGCUGAGCUUGGAGGUGCUCCGCCUGGAGGUUCUUCGGCUACUGAGGGUGCUGCUGUCGCGGGUCCCGGCCGUGCUCGUCCUAGGAGUAUUGGAGCUGCUGGGCCUGCGGGUUCGACUGGAGCUGGUGCUGCUGAGGGUGUUGGAGCUGAGACUACUGCUGGCGGUCCUGCUGCGGGUACUCCUGGUACUGCUGGAGGUUUUGGCACUGCUGGUGGUGCAGGUGGAGCGGGUGCUCCUGCUGGGGGUACUGGUGCUGUACCUGCUGUGUCUGGCCGUUGUGAGCCUGCAUCUCGCCGUGCGUUGCCUGUCCGUGCUGCUCGCGCUAGUGGUCGUGGUUCACGUCAGCGUCCUCCUCCUGUCCCUGGCACGCACAGGAUGUCUCUGCGUCCGUCCACUGCUCCUCUGCAUGCCCCUUUGCCUUCUCCUCCUGAGUCCUCUCUUCCUGCACUUGCUGACCCGGAGUCGGACUCUCUUUGUGCUGCCAGUCCUACUGUCACGCGUCUCCUGGCUACUGUCUUCACUGACCCUUCUUUCGAGUCCACUUCUGCGUCUGCCCUAGUUGCUGAGCUCGUCGACUUUGCUGCUCGCUGUCGCCUAGACUACGCGGCUAGUUUUGUCGCUGAGUCUGAGUCUGUCUGUCCUCCGUCCGUCAGGGGUGAGUGUGCCCUUGGCACGGACGUCCUUGAGGAUAGGCAGGAGGAGUUCCUGUGCUUGGCUACUGCUUCACCUCAUCUCGUUUCCGUACUGCUUACCUCUGAGGGAGACCCGGAUGCACUUUACAUCCCGACUCUGCGCUCUUACGCGGAGGCGAUAGAGGGUCCCUACUCUUCUCAGUGGCAGGCAGCUAUGGAUGCAGAGAUGGCUUCCUGGAAGUCCACAGGCACCUACGUCGACAAGGUUCCCCCAUCUGGGUCGAACAUCGUCAGUGGGAUGUGGAUCUUCAGGGUGAAGCGGCCGCCGGGCUCUCCGCCUGUCUUCAAGGCGCGUUACGUGGCUCGAGGCUUCAGUCACCGGCAGGGAGUUGACUACUUUCAGACCUUCUCUCCCACCCCGAAGAUGACCACUCUUCGGGUGCUGCUGCACAUAGCCGCUCAGCGCGACUACGAGCUUCACUCUCUUGACUUCAGCACUGCUUUCAUGCAGGGCAGCCUGCACGAGGAGAUCUGGCUGCGCCGCCCUCCUGGCUUCACUGGGUCGUUUCCUCCUGGCACCCAGUGGAGUCUCCGGCGUCCAGUCUACGGUCUCCUCCAGGCGCCACGUGAGUGGCACGACACACUGAGGACUACGCUUGCGGCUCUUGGGUUUGCUCCUUCUACUGCCGACCUGUCACUGUUUCUGCGCACCGACACUUCUCUGCCGCCGUUCUACAUCUUCGUGUACGUCGACGACUUGGUCUUUGCCAAUGCUGACACUGCUGGACUCGCCCACGUGAAGUCCGAGCUGCAGAAGAGACACACGUGCACAGACCUGGGUGAACUGCGCAGCUACCUUGGCUUGCAGAUCACUCGGGACAGAGCACGCCGCACCAUUACCCUGACUCAGUCACACAUGGUGCAGCAGGUCCUUCAGCGCUUCGGCUUCACGUACUCCUCGCCUCAGGCCACUCCUCUGCCUACUCGCCACUCGCUCUCAGCUCUGCCUUCGGAUGAGUCCGUAGAGUCGAGUGGCCCGUAUCCAGAGCUUGUUGGCUGUCUCAUGUACCUGAUGACCUGCACACGACCUGACCUUGCAUACCCUCUUAGCUUUCUCGCACGCUAUGUUGCUCCUGGGAGACACCGACCAGAGCACAUGGCUGCAGCGAAGAGGGUGUUGCGCUACUUGUGCAGUACGUCGGGCAUGGGGCUAGUGCUUGGAGGGCGCAGUCCAGUGGUCCUCACUGGGCACGCGGACGCUUCUUGGGCUAACGACCAGGCUACGCAGUGGUCGUCACAGGGUUACACCUUCAGCCUUGGUUCUGGCUCUGUUUCGUGGCGGGCUACUCGCUCGUCUUCUGUUCUCGGCCCCAGUUGUGAGGCUGAGAUCUACGCCGGGGCCAUGGCUGCACAGGAGCUUCGCUGGCUCACCUACCUGCUGACCAACCUUGGAGAGUCGCCUCGUUCUCCUCCGGUCCUGUACGUAGACAACAAGGCCAUGCUGGCCUUGUGUCGAGAGCAGAGACUGGAGCACAGAACAAAGCACAUUGCUCUCCGCUACUUCCUUGCUCGUGAGCUACAGCAGCAUGGUCAGUUGCGGCUUGCGUACGUGGCCUCUGAGGCCAACACUGCUGAUGUCUUCACCAAGGCACUUGUGCCUUGUGAUCAUCAGCGCUUCUGCUCUUAG